AUGCCUCAAGCUCAGCCUGAGCUUAAGAAGUACCUCGAUAAGAGACUAUUUGUGCAGUUGAAUGGUAGCAGAAAGGUUAUUGGUGUAUUGAGAGGUUAUGAUGUCUUCUUGAACAUUGUGCUAGACGAUGCAGUUGAGGAGAAAGACGGUGGUGAGAAAGUAAAGAUUGGAAUGGUUGUUAUCCGCGGAAACUCAGUUGUUAUGCUCGAGGCAUUGGAGAGAAUAGGUGGAGGAAGGGAAAACCGCGAACAGCAUUAG